UAUGGGAUAUUUCUCAUUACUAAUUGUAUGCAGAUAUCGGAAAAUCAAAGGUCCGUCGUAAUCACAUAUGACAACUGCGUCACUCUCAGCCUAAAUUGCAGCUUCAAGUUUAGCAGUCAAUUCAAAUAUCUCAACACUUUCACUGUCUUUUUGCUGUCCUCUCCAAGUGCUAGCUUGCUCAUUGCUGCUUGCGUUUUACUCUCUCGUCUUCUUCUAGAUGCUAGAAUUUUCAUCGCAACUCGGCUCAUCUCUCUGCAACAUUUCAUAGCAGUUUGGUGGGGUUUGCACCUGUUUGCACCUACAUCUCGGACCUUGCGAAACACAACACAGCACACAAUACCAUAUCGACGUUUUAUUUCAAGGAGCGUUUCACAGAUCUAUAGUCGCCAUGGAUGGCGAUGUCGUGGCCCAGUUUUCUGAGUUCACCGGCUCAACUCCGGAAAUUGCAGCCCAAUAUCUGCAAUUGACGGAGUUCAACAUCGAGCAAGCGAUGCAGCUUUACUUCGAGAACGACGGAGCCCCACUAGCACGCGAAAACAACGCAUCAACUUCCACGCCCUCCGCGAACCCACGCCGGGCUGGAUACGAAGAUGAAUCCGGAGUCGUACAUCUGGACUCCGAUGAUGAUGAUGAGGAUAACGGUGUCCGACUUCCGCCGCGAGGGCCGUCGGUGGAUAGAUCGAUAUUCGAAGAUGAUGCAGCCAUGGCACGUCGUUUACAGGAAGAAAUGUAUGGCGCCCAAGAUAUGACAGAAGAAGUACGCGCGCCGAUGGCUCGUACGACUGAGACUCUUGUUGGGCCUGAGGCGGACUUUGGCGAGGGUAUGCACGACAGUAUCUUAGGCCAGAUCCGUGCUCGCCAGCGACGAGGCAAUCGACCUGGCAUCUUCAAUCAACGAGACACAGCUUCAGUCUGGACUGGCGAGGGCGAGGAGGACGCUCACCGUGAGAGGCUUGCGGCGGCGACCGGGGGCGCUUCCGAAGCUUCGAACAAAUCCAACAUGCUCGCCGAACUGUACCGCCCUCCUUUCGAGAUCAUGUCUAGGUUACCUUGGGAUCUCGCUAGAGAAGAAGGCCGCGAGAAUGAAAAGUGGCUGCUGGUGAACAUCCAGGACCCUUCCAUAUUCGAUUGCCAGAUCUUGAACAGAGACUUGUGGAAGAACGCGGGUGUCAAGGAAACCAUCCAGGAACAUUUCAUCUUUCUGCAGUACACAAAGGAUGACAGCCGUGCCGCACCAUAUAUACAGUAUUAUUUCCAGGCCAGCGAGGCUUCUGAUAACUAUCCCCACAUUGCCAUCGUCGAUCCCAGGACAGGCGAGCAGAUGAAGGUCUGGUCGGGGCCUCCAGUGGUGAAGGCACCGGAUUUUCUAAUGCAGCUUCAUGAGUUCCUCGACCGUUACAGCCUGAAACACAAUGUGCGGAACCCCGUGGCCAAGCGAAAACCAGAGUCGAAGGAGAAGAACAUUGACGCUAUGACGGAAGAAGAGAUGAUGGAACUGGCAAUGAGAAACAGUCUCGGCGCGGAUGCGGCGCAACCACGGAGGAUGGAAGACCCAGAUGACUUGACACGGAGCUUCGGCGAUGUGAAAGGCAAAGGUAAAGCAUUGGAUGAGGAUGUCAGUAUGGGCGAAAUAGACCAACACGGAGCAACGGAGGGCCAACCAUCUUUGUUUUCAUCUAUUCCAAGCGAUCAACCACACACUGAGCCUCCUACCGAUCCUGCCACUACGACACGGAUUCAAUUCCGGCACCCUACUGGUCGGAUCAUCAGACGUUUCAGCCUGGGAGAUCCGGUCAGAAGAAUAUACGAGUGGUUGAAGGCUGACCCUCCCUUGGCGGACAAGGCUGGGGUUGAGUUUGAACUUAACUCCAUGGGCCGCAACUUAAUUGAUGUCCUUGACUUGAGCGUCGAAGCUGCUGGUCUCAAGAACGGUACCGUCAUGAUAGGAUAUAUCGAGGAUUAAGACUAUGAAUUGCCUUGCUUAGCUGGUCAGCGUCUCGGUCCUGUAGGGUCGGAAAGACUCUUGUAUCUAGCAAAUAGUCAGAGAGCCUAGUCAGACAGGAAUAAUGAUCGUAGAUCCUCUCAAUUAAAGCCACACUUGAUAUUUCCUACUGGUAUCCUCCCUU